UCCCGGAGCCUGGGCGGAGAGGGAGGAAAACUUCCUGGCCUGGGCUACGGCUGCUCUGUCUGCCAACCUACCAAUCCCGCCUACCAGUGCCCGGCGUUUCCCCACCCCUCCCCCCGGCUCCCCCAGUGUCCGCCAUGGCUAAAGCCUACGACCACCUCUUCAAGUUGCUGCUGAUCGGGGACUCGGGGGUGGGCAAGACUUGUCUGAUCAUUCGCUUUGCAGAGGACAACUUCAACAACACUUACAUCUCCACCAUCGGAAUUGACUUCAAGAUCCGCACUGUGGACAUAGAAGGGAAGAAGAUCAAACUGCAAGUCUGGGACACGGCUGGGCAAGAGCGAUUCAAGACGAUCACUACUGCCUAUUACCGUGGAGCCAUGGGCAUUAUCCUAGUAUACGACAUCACAGAUGAGAAAUCCUUUGAGAAUAUUCAGAAUUGGAUGAAGAGCAUCAAAGAGAAUGCCUCUGCUGGGGUGGAGCGCCUCUUGCUGGGGAACAAGUGUGACAUGGAGGCCAAGAGGAAGGUGCAGAAGGAGCAGGCCGAUAAGUUGGCUCGGGAGCACGGAAUUCGAUUUUUUGAGACAAGUGCCAAAUCCAGUAUGAAUGUGGAUGAGGCUUUCAGUUCUCUGGCCCGGGACAUCUUGCUCAAGUCAGGAGGCCGGAGAUUGGGAAACAGCAACAAGCCCCCCAGCACUGACCUGAAAAGUUGUGACAAGAAGAAUGCCAACAAGUGCUCCCUGGGAUGAGAACCCCUUUCUGCCUCCCCACCCUAAGUCUGGAGGCUGAACCUGAGGGAGGCCGGGCUGAGGGGCUGGGCAGGGGAGAAAUAGCAGCGGGGGCUUGGAGGGAUUGAGGUGGAUAGAUGGUGGAAGAAUGGGGAGAAAAUGGAGAAGAAAAAAGGAAGAAGACAGAAGGGAAGAGGAAAAGAAGGAAAGGAGGUAGAAUAGGCAAGGAGAAGAGAAAGAAUUGAGGAAGUGAAAGAAGGUAAGAAGGAGGUAGGGAGAGAGGGAGGAGGAGAGGAAGGAUAGAUGGCCCUGGGCCUCAGACUUUCCCUUUGUUUCCAGGGCAAACAUAAAUGUAAAUAAAUAACUGAUUUAUUCUGUUACUGGAUCAGGUUUUAGGGUCCUGUGAAAGGCUGGCUCAGAACCACCCUCUGAAGAUUGGUCCUAUCUUGUCACUCUGCAUGGUCUUUCUCAGUAUUAAAGGCCACCAUUUGCACAAA